AUUCCUUUAUAAAUUGUUUAAAUUAAAGUUUGUUAUAGCAACUUUUUUUUAUUACUCCAAGUUAUAGUAAGAAUGUUUUGUAUUAGGUUUUUGUUUAUAAUUGUAACAAUAUAAUUCAUUUUUCCAUUAUGAUUUUGUUUUCAACCAUCAUGAUUUGGGCAAGAGCUGUAUGGAUCGAAAAUUAUGAGGAAAUAGAAGAUGUAUAGAAAAAUACUAUUUUUACCUUCUGGUAUAUCUUAUCAUAGAGCUGUCAAUGAUGAAAUGGAUGCAGAUGAAACAUGGGACAAAUAUAAACUUAUCAAAAUCAAAAUUGAGAGUGGUAUUGUGGUUUACCCUUCUCCGGCUAGUAGCUAUACAGAGGUCACAUUACCAAGGUCCCAAAAGACGAGUUCAGCUCACUAGAGAACAUCAUAACCUUAGCAGACUAAGAUUCUUCCCCAUUCAACAUUUUCUACUUUCUCCGAAAGAUUUUUGUUCGAUAAUAUAUCGUUUUCUCUCCAAUUAUAACUGGCUGUUGAAACUAAACACUUGCAUUUUUUCAUUGAGAAAAAACAAAUUGAAUUAGAUUGCUUGCAAGAUCUGUGUUAGAAUACUUGUUUUGCAAAAUUAAAAUGGAACAAUAUAAUUCACAUUCAAAGAAAGAUAAUAACAUUCUUCUUAGCCAAGAGUUUAAAUUAAAUUUUAGUGAAAGCGUUGGAGUAGAUUGGAGAACACUUGGUCGUAGAUUAAAUAUUGAAGAUAAUUAUUUAGACAUGAUUGAUCAAGAUAAUAAUAAAACUAAUGCAAAAGCUUAUUCAAUGUUGCUUUCAUGGAUGCAAAUGAAUAACAAUCCAACACUUGAGGAGUUGAAAAAAGCUUUAAGGAACAUGAAGAGAAUGGAUCUAAUAAGAAAAGUAGACGAAUUCACAAAUUUUUUAUAUUCAUCAGAAAUCACUUGCAGUUGUAAUGUCGAGAAAGAUAUAUCUGAGAUAUGCACAGCACUCAAAAGUUUUUAUCUUACAAAUUAUGGGAAAAUAGAUGAAAUUCAACCACCAUUAAAAUCACCUGCAAAUGUUGAUCUAAUGCAUAAAUUUGUUGAUCUAUGUAUCGUUGAUGCAGUUAAUACUCAAAUAGAUGCUGUUUAUAGUGUUGAGCGAAAGAAAUUUUUUGAGAAGCAAUUGUGUUAUACACCAAUUCCAUAUAGUGAAAUAUUUAUGAAAGAAAAAUCUUUUACAUUAAUAUCCGGAAUAGCUGGUAUUGGAAAAACAUGGUUGCUUAGAAAAUGUUUGCUUGAUUGGUCAAACGAUAUAAUUUGGAAAAAUGUUAAACUUGUAUUUUAUUUGGAAUGCAGGAGGCUUAAUCAAUUUCAAAAUAUUUCUAAUAUUAACGAAUUACUUAAUGUUUUCUACAAAGAUAUUAUCAAUGAUUUUAGUAUCAGUAAUCAUAAUGCACUGUUUAUAAUUGAUGGAUUAGAUGAGUUUAAAUAUUUAAAUGAAUUAAUAAAUCCAAGUUCGAAUUGUAACUAUCCGAUUGUUAAUGUUUUUAAAGAAACUCAAAAAUACAAAUAUAUAGUUGCUGGUAGAGUUUAUGCCAUUAAUCAAUACCAAAGUAUAUCUACAGAGCAUAGUGAUAAGUUAACCAUUCAAAUAAUGGGAUUUAAUGAAAAUGGAAUAAAUAAUUACAUAGAAAAUAAUGUUUUAGAGGAAAAGAAAGAUGUUGUGAAGGCAACAUUAAAGGAAUCUCCAAUUGCUAAAUCCAUGUCAUCUGUUCCAUUUUAUUUAUCUUCCAUGUGUAAGAUUAUUAGUGACUCAAAAAAUGUAGAUAAAAAUUCUUUUUUAACAAUGACAGAUUUGUAUGCAAAUAUUUUUUUAUACUUUUUGCAAAAACACAUCCUCAAAAGCAAUCAAUUGAUUUAUCAGAUUAUGGAAAACGAUUUUAAUAAAAAAUAUGUUUUAAAUAUUUGUAAAAUUGCAUAUCAAUUGUUUCUCAAUAAUAAAGUAAUUUUUUCCAAAGAAGACAUUCAAACUUUAAUCAUUGGUUUUGAUGAAAAUAAAGACAAUUUUUUUGGAUUUAUAGAAAGGAUUGAAACGAAUCUAGGUUAUUACUAUCAAUUUGUACAUUUAACAAUAAUGGAGUUUUGUGCAUCUGUAUAUGCAUAUAAUUGUUUAAGUAGUGAAGAUGUUAUAGCUAAUAAAAGACUAGAGAGUUGUUUAUCAAUGAUUUGUGGAUUAACCAAUAAAAGCCAAAAUAGUUUAUUGAAGUUUCUUGCUAAUCUGAAUCCUUCAAAAAAAUCUUUUUUUCCUAACCUGAAUUUGUUUUCAAAACUUAAUCCUUCGAAAAAAGCUUAUGAAGAUCCUUUAUUUUUCAUUUCUGUUUUAGAUCGACUACUUAAAUUAUCUCGUCAAAGUGAUGAUAAAAGCGAUCUACUUAAAGUACAAUUUGAAACUUAUUACGUUAAUUUAUUUAUUGAAUGCUUUUAUGAAAGUCAAUCAUCAUUUACUGAUGAAAUGAAAUUAAUCGUCGAUGAACGAGAGUGGUGGAUUUCGAUUGACGAUAGAAAAACUUCUUACGAGUUUUCUUAUGAAAAUUAUUUCGUAUAUCAUUUUAUAAAAUCUGGAAAAAAGUUAUCGUGGCUGUAUGUUAGUAAAAAUAUUUUAAGUAGUAAAGAAAAAAAUCUUUUAACUCUGUGUUCAACAAAUGUUCGCGAUGCUUACUUUUAUUGUCCAAUUAAAUUUGAAGGAUGGAAACCAGAAAAUAAGUUUGAAAGGUUGUGGAUAGAUAUCUCAAGUUAUUUAAUAACGAAAAAAGAUUUAGAAGAAAAUUUUCUUCCGUGGAUCAAUCUUUGUGAAGAAUUAACUUUAGGACUUAACGACGACAUCGAUUUCAUUAAAGAGGUUUAUGAAUGGAUUCGUUGUUUGAAUUUCAAGAAGUUGAGGCUCUACUACCGUGGAAAAAAUUUUUAUAACCUCGAUGAAUUAAAAAACUUUAUAUAAAAAAAAAAUGUUUAAUAUCUUUAAUGAAAUAUUUAAUAAAUAAUA